CAAGUAAUCAUUCUAUUUGGAAGAUACUUUCGGUAAUUUCACAUUUCGAUUGCCGCUUUCAUUAUAAGAAUAGUGUUGCUAUUAAAUUUAUUGGAUUAACUUGUUAAUAAAUCCUUGAGGGAGGGAGUGUUUAAUUCAACCAAAUAAGAUGAUGAAAUUUUUAUUUGUGAUUGUUUUUCUCGUCGGUGCGAGUGUACAAGACAAUAUCAACGGUACUGAUGGCAGUGAAUAUCUUUACAAUGCCAUUAAAUCAGGCAAAGUAGAUGUAGUCACAUUUCUAAUCGAUAACGGUACAAAUGUGAAUUCGUUUGAAAAUUCUGGAUUGACACCACUCCAAUUGGCUGUUGCUAAAGGUCAAACGGAGAUAUUCAAAAUUCUCAUCGAACAUGGAGCUGAUGUGAAUUAUGUAAACAAGAAAAAUAUACCUCUACUUCAGAUAGCAGCAAUGUUCGAUAAUUUGGAAAUAUGCAAAAUCUUAGUCGCAAAUGGAACAAACGUGAAUGCAAACAACAACAAAUUCACACCAUUACAUAGUGCCGCUUUAUUCGGCUCAAAUGACACGGUUGAAUAUUUAAUUGAACAUGGAGCAAACGUAGCUGCCGAAGAUGGUUUAAAGUUUACACCUUUACACUGGGCUGCCAUGGCUGGCAAUUUAAAGACUUGUAAAAGUCUAAUUGCACAUGGAGCGGACGUUAAUGCAAAAGCCGAAGGGAAUUUUACACCUUUACAUGCCUCAGCUGUUCUUGGCAAUAAGGAAUCUGUUGAAUAUCUGAUUACACAGGGAGCUAAUGUCAAUGCUAUCGGUGGAAUGGGAAAGGCCUCCAUGCACACGCCUCUUCAUGAUGCUUACUAUUUUAGCAAUAAAGAAAUGCAAGAGGUCUUGAUUGCCAAUAAAGCAGAUGAAAAUGCAAAAGACAAAAAUAAUAAAACACCACGUGAAAUGGAUACUGAGAAAGGAAAAAUAGAAAGAUCCGGUUUGGUUGCCUUUAUAAAUGAUGGGAAGAGAAUGUUCCAAAACUUAUAGGAAAUACAACGAAGAAUUUACGCUGAUGUGAAUGCGAAUAACAUUGAUGAUAAGAUACCGAGUAAAAUAAGUACUAUUAGUGCUUCAUUUAAUUUGAAAAUGACGUUUUACAAUAAAAAAAUGUUCUAAUUUCGUUUUGUAUAUAAAAAUAAAUACUCCGAUUUACCACUAAA